GAGUUCACAAUCCUAGAGAGCGGUAAUGUAGUUUGUGUGGGAAAAGUCCGCACCAGCGAUGAGUACACUCUGAGUCUACAACACGUGUUGGUCGACACCGAAGCCAAUUUGGACAAAGAAGUUGAGGUCAAUCUGACCACUGCUGAUCUCUACAAAGACUUGAAAAUUUUGGGUUACGAUUACGGACCGAAGUUUAGACGAAUCAAAACAAUGAGAACAAAUGAUUUCGAGAAAAUCAAUGGACAGAUCAGUUGGGAUGGAAAUUGGGUCACUUUCAUGGACUCACUGUUGCAGACAAUGGCCGCCGGAAUGCCAUUCAGGAAAAUGAUGGUUCCGGAGCCUUCGGUGCGAUCCAAAGGCUCUUUCAGUUGGGAUGGAAAUUGGGUCACUUUCAUGGACUCACUGUUGCAGACAAUGGCCGCCGGAAUGCCAUUCAGGAAAAUGAUGGUUCCGGUGAUGAUUAGGAGCCUUCGGUGCGAUCCAAAGGCUCUAUACGAGGGAAUCGCUGCACACAAACUGGAAGAACGCUCUGGAGAUAUAUUAGGCAAUGUUAUCGAUGACAAGAAUCUCGAUAAUAUCGAUCAAAGCGGUGGCGAAAAGACUUUCGACGAGUCGGAAGUGGAGGGCAUUCUGUCGACCAAUAGUGUUGAUUACAUGGAAGAGCUGUUUGGCAAAGAGUUUCACGUCUAUCCGUCUGUUUUGCCGUAUUAUGUGGACAUGAAUUCACGAAUGAUUGUCACAUACGGUGUAGAGAUCGAGAAUCUGAUGGCUUUCCCGAUCGCUCGCAAGUCAAAUAUGCAAGACUUGAAACUAGAAUCGUAUCAAUUCGUUGCCAAUGAAGAGAAUAUCGCUAUUGAAGAAAGUGAGAAACAGUCAGUCAAAGAGUAUCUGAAGAUCUGUUCACUAAUCGGCGACAAAAUUAAAGAAUUAAAUGAAUCAAAAGACAAAAAAGUGAUCCCAAAUAUUAGCGAUGAU